AUGGAUUCAAUUUUUGUACAGAAGGAGAUUCAAAGUGUUAACGAUAACAUCAUCCUGAUAGAAGUGAGUGCUGAUAUGCUAAUGCAAACAUUGAAACAUUUUGAAAAAGCAAAUAGUGAUCAAUUGAAUAUAAGACUUCAAAAGAAAGAUGUCACAGGAGCUGAAUCUGCCAAUAAAGAAAAUGGUAGGAAUGCCACUUUGGCUUUGUAUUAUAGUCAUAUGAGUGCUGGAUCCAGUAAUAUUAACCACACUUUCAAAAUCCCUGUAAAAAUUUUGAAACAUAAUCAUAAUUCAGUUUAUUUGAAGGAACCUGAAUUAGAUAGCGUUGACCUUUAUAUGAAUUUACCGAACGCGUUUGUUUCCACCUACAAGAGAUUGGAUAAAUAUAAGAAAAAUGCCAACGAUCAUGUCACUAUCAAAGUGAGUAGACGGAGAGGGGGGUUUUUAGGGUUUGUCCUAGAAGAGCAAGGUAAAUUCAAAAUAACUUUGAGUUGGAAUGAAGCGUUAGAUAUACGUAAACCCAGUCAUGAGAUUCAAACAGACUCAUUGAUACAAACGGCAUUCACAAGGGCUCCCGAUCAAGAUGAUGUUGAUGAUAAUGAUGAAUCAGAGGAUAAAGAGAUAACUGUGAAAUUGAAAGAUUGGAAAAUGGCCUCAAGAAUCGUCGCCAGUUGUAAAACUGUUAUAUUCUUAUUGGCACACAACGAAGCAUGUGUUCUACAUUGUCUUCUAGAGGAAUCUGAUGAUGUGGAGGUAAUUUAUUAUAUCAACGGAGUAAAAAUACGAGAUCAAUACGAUGAGUGA